AUGUCAGCUGCCGCCAGCCCCCAAGGAGGUAGUACCCGGGUCAGUUGGCAGACGCAACUUCACGAGCACUGCCGUCGUGCGAAGAUUUCGCCUCCUGUAUUCAACAUCGUUUCCGAACGUCGAGGAGGUCGCACAGCCUGGUCCAGCUCCGUUUCGAUCCAAGGUCAGAAUACGAUUGCCGCACGAUACUGGUACGAUGGUCAAUAUAUCAACAAUGCAAAGGAAGAUGCCGCGGAGGUUGCACUGAAGCAUCUCAAUCAGACUCCGAGCCAGCCAGCUACCACUUUCCCGGGCCAACUGUUCCCCUAUCAGCAAAUGACAACCCCGUAUACCCGGCGUUAG